GCUGUCUAUAAAGUAACGAAUUUUAUUAAUGUUUCGCGUAUAGCCAUGAGAAAACUAAUUAAAUUACUAUUUAUUAAUUUUAUUCAACAUACCAUUUGUGCUGGAAUAGAAAUAAGAAUUGAUGCAGAUGACGCUAUAAAAAUUUUGAACACUUUUGUAAUGUCUCCUAUAUAUAAAGACAUUACAAACCACUUGAGAAAGUCUGCUUCUGAUUACAAUAAUCCAUAUCACCCCGAGGACGAUAUAUUAUCUAGCAACGGAGUGGUGUCUAGUACACAAGCAACAACCGAAUCGCCAGAAGAUGCUAAGCUGGAAACUGAUAAUAAACAGUAUAGCGGCAAAGUGAGCGAAGAUGAGUUGGCUGAUACUUUGGACGAGCCCAGUAUAAAUAAUGCUACAACCCGAGAUAAUGAGUUUCAUCUGAAUAACACCAGCAUUUUACAGAUCGUCGAUCAGACCAAUGCCAUACCGAAAAUGAAUGAAGGGGAUAUUCGAGAUUAUCAGCCCAUGAAAAGAAGAUUUUCAGUUUUAAAAGGUGAAUAAAAGUGUAAAAAAAAAAA